UCCACUGUACAUGCCCUAAAACACACACGAAUAUUCAGCUGCCAGCGUGUGAGAGAGGAGGAGGGUAGGGUCCCCUCCCCUCCCCUCCGACCCGUCGUCUCGGGCGGGACAUAUGGUGCUCUUGUCCGCUAAUGGCCCCGCUUCCUUCCUUUUUAUUCCAAACCCGCUCCUCCCCUGCUUUUUAUUCAAACUCGCUGUCACAGGCUCCUAGGUAGCUCCCCUUUCUAACGCCACCGGCCGGCCGGCCGCUGCCAACCCUCGUCACCACUCACCACCACACUCCAGCUGCUUCUACUACUGCAGCUCGGUCACGCAAGGCGAAUUCCGGCGAUGGGCAAGGCGGCGAGGUGGUUCCGCAGCCUGCUUGGCGGCGGGAGGAAAGACCAGGAGAGGCAGGCCUCCCCGGCGCCGGCCCCCGCGGACAGGAAGCGCUGGAGCUUCGCGAGGCCGUCGCGGGACUCGGCCGAGGCCUCCGCCGCGGCGACCGAGGGUUUCGUGCGGGGCGCCGCCGGCAGCGCGGCGAUCGCUGAGGCCGCGUGGCUCAGGUCGCUCGACGACGACACGGGGCGGCGGCAGAGCAAGCACGCCAUCGCUGUCGCCGCGGCCACCGCGGCGGCGGCGGACGCGGCCGUGGCCGCCGCGCAGGCCGCCGUCGAGGUCGUGCGCCUUACCAGCCAGGGACCGGCCUUCGGCGGCGGAGGGGUCGUGUUGGACUUGGAUCCCCGCGGCCGCGCCGGCGCCGCCGUCAAGAUCCAGACGGCCUUCAGAGGCUUCUUGGCCAAGAAGGCGCUGCGAGCGCUCAAGGCGCUGGUGAGGCUGCAGGCGUUGGUACGCGGCUACCUAGUGCGGAGGCAGGCGACGGUGACGCUGCAGAGCAUGCAGGCGCUUGUCCGCGCGCAGGCAACCGUCCGCGCCGCCCGCUGCGGCCGCGCCCUGCCCUCGCUCCAGCCGCGCCUCCACCACCCUCCCGCCCGCCCGCGCUUCUCGCUGCAAGAGCGGCACGCGGACGACGCGCGCAGCGAGCACGGCGUGGCGGCGUGCGGCCGGCGCCUGUCCGCAAGCGUCGCCGUCGAGUCGGCGUCGUACGACCGGAGCCCCAAGACCGUGGAGAUGGACACGGCGCGGCCCAGGUCCCGCGCGCCGUCGCUGCGCACCGAGGACGAGUGGUGCGCGCAACCGGUGUCGUCGCCGCCGCCGCCGUGCCAGCAGCAGCACCACCACCACCUGCCCCCGUGCAUCGAGGUGCCGACGCCGCGCCACUUCCCGGACCACGGCUGGUGCACGCCGGAGAAGCCCCGGCCGGCGACGGCGCAGUGCACGCCCCGGUGCGCGCCGCCGACGCCGACCCCGGCGGCAAAGACCCUCUGCGGGGGCCCUGCCAGCUGCCUCGCCGCGUCGCCCAGCUGCCCCGGGUACAUGUCGAGCACGCAGUCGUCGGAGGCCAAGUCGUCGUCCCGGUCGCAGAGCGCGCCGAAGCAGCGGCCGGCACGGAAGCGGGUGCCGCUGAGCGAGGUGGUGGUCCUGCAGGCCCGCGCGAGCCUGGGCGGCGCCGGCGGCGGCGCGGGCACGCACAUCAAGCCGUGCAACGCCCGCGCGCAGGCGCAGGCGCCGGACGCGUGCGACUUGCGGGCCGCCGUCGUCAGCCGGUUCGAGCAGCGCGCGUCGGAGGAGGACGCCGCUGCGGCGGCCGAGCGGGGCCGCGACGUGUUCUUCUUGCAAAGGAGGUGGUAAGAGAGCUAGACCAACGCCAAUCAGUCAAUCGGUGCUGCUAAUAGGGACUAUUGAUUAGGUUAUCAUUGAUUGAUUUUUAGUUUUUUUUCGUAGCACUUUUGUGAUCUCUGCUCUUCGGAUCGUCGCGCACGUCCGUGACCUCUCUCUGCUGCCGUUCUUGCUGCUUGCAAUAAGCUAAUAGUGUGUUGUGUGUGGGGACGCCGGGGGAGAUUUCAACCCGUUCCGUUUUCA